AGACGAAUCCCCCUUCCGGACAAAGUACAAUUUUGGUCAUUUCAUAUCUUACGUUAUAUGAUGAGAUAAACUUGACCUUGUAGUCAAGUAGUUUCGUAUUUUUGAAAAUUUUAGAUCUAUCUAAUUGCAAUUUAUAACACUUCAGCGGCCGAUGAUGUUAAUUAUUUAUUAAGAUGCCUUAAUACAUGAUACUUUUGACUUAUGUUGUGAACUGAUUACCUCCAUGGUUAAACCAUACAUGCAAUUAAAAUGAAAAGUGUUUAUUUGGUCUUCCUUUUCACACUUGAAGCGACGGCAUCAAAUGUGCAUGUAAUAACCAAUACAACAUUCGGACGCGUGAGAGGGCACAGUGUGUCAACCACAUAUGCAAAUAAAUCGUUGGAAGUUUACACAGGGAUUCCAUAUGCAGCCCCUCCAGUUGGAGACCUAAGGUGGAGCAAUCCUCAGCCUCCAAUAUCAUGGGCACCUGAUAUCCUGGAUACACUUGCCUUUAAGCCUGCAUGCCCCCAGGAUCUAGGUAGCGUGAGAGAUUGGAGCUUUGGACCAACUUGGAACAACACAGAUGAAGACUGUCUCUACCUCAAUAUUUAUUCACCAAAGACCCAUGACCCCGCAGUACGGUACCCAGUGUUCCUUUGGAUUUAUGGUGGGAAUUUCUAUUAUGGAGCAGCGGAAGAAUAUGAUGGGCGUGUGCUGGCGGUGGAGAAAGAUAUCGUUGUUGUCACCAUGGGGUACAGAAUAGGUGUCUUAGGCUAUCUUUCGACUGAUGAUGCCGAGGCAAGAGGAAAUUACGGUCAGCUGGACCAGGUCCAAGCGUUAGAAUGGAUAAGAGAGAACAUAGGGAAUUUUAGAGGGGAUCCUAACCGAGUUACAGUCGGUGGAGAGAGCUCUGGAGGGGUGGCUACGACAUUGCAUUUAUU